AUGACCUCGGAUUCUCUGCUACAUCGCCCGACCGAGGCACUCAUUCUCCCAAACAAGCGGCGCUUCUUCCCGUUCAAGAUCCCCAACUUCCAUGUACAGCUUCGCAACUACAUCAGCACCGCUGAUCCCGAUCGAAUUUAUGUGGUGGUCGAGAGAAUCGUGUACUCAAUCCACAUCUCGGCGCAAAAGCGAGUGAGUGUAGCGGUUAUUCCGUUUGAGCCGCGCUGUCUCGCCGCUGGACAUGGCUGGAUUGCCAUCGGCGGUCCCGAAAAUGGCGAAUGCGCUUUCGUCCGGAUUGGUGACCGAGACCUGCAAGUACAUGGAGAAUUGCCCUCGUUCUACACUUCCGACGUGGACACUCCGCUGCCACUCGAUCUCGACUCCCCAUCAAGACGGGCAUCGCCGGGGACGCCCAAUAACGCCAGUAGCGAAUUUGCAUCAGCUCGCCGUCCCCUCAGCCGACCAUUGCGUGAAGUGGAGCUCCACAAGUUUGGCGGUAGCAUAGUCAAUUCGGUGGCUAUUCAUCGUUUCUAUGGUGGCGGCGAUGGUCUGGCGGAUGAAGACGUGGUUGUUCUGAGCAACAAUGAUCGAACGGUAACAGUGUACUCACUUACGCGCGCAAAAGUCCUCAAAGUUCUUCAUCACCCGACAUGCAUGAACUAUGCGACCAUUUCCCCAGACUCCAAGCUGCUCACUGCUGUCGGGGAUGAGAACCGCGCUUACUUCUAUGAAAUUGUCCGUGACUUGGAGUCAGUCGGUGUCACUGAUACAAAUCAGAAGGUCACAGGAUGGGAAUGGGAGCUUAUCCAAUGUCUGGAGUUGGAUAUUGGCCCGCGCGCGGAUGAUGCGUGUUGCUUUACCGUGGCUUUCUCGCCAUCCAGCCGGUUGUGUGCCAUAGGAUCCCAAUCUGGAAUCAUCACAGUCAUCGAUGUUCCCUCUAUUUGGGGGACCUCUGGCGACUCCGAGGAUGACACGCCAGUUAUUUGUCAAUUUUCAGCUUCAAGGUCAUGCGCCGAGGGCGGCGCCGUGCGCUGCAUGGCAUUUUCACCGGAGCCUUGGGACCUUCUAGUAUGGUUGGAGGGCCAUGGCCGAGCCGGAGUUGCAGACGUUCGUCAGGGGUUUUUACGCAGGCAGAUCCUCCACCUGGAUGCCGACGAGCCGUCAAUGGAAGAAGUGUACACAGAUUAUCUGACUGAUGACCUCGAACGCCCGCGUCUCGGCGAAGAGCUAUUCGACCAGCCAACACGUACGAGGAUCGAUGAUGACGAUCUUCAAAUUGAGAGAAACACAGAGGAUACAGAGCAUUCUUCACUGCGCGAAUCUGUGAUGCACGAUCUUACCGAGAGAGAAAGGUUGAUUAUGGAGUUUUUGAACACAGCACGCUGGACGUCACGACUUGAAGAGGGACUUACUGAGAGACCAGAACGAUCGGCCGCCGUCUCCGGUCUUCACCCUCCUCAUCCAGUGGCCCGGACGCGGCAUCAGGGUUCCACAGAUGGCGCCACUCGCACUCACCGUCCUACUUCACCUCUGCACCCCUAUGAUCACUCUGAUGUCUCCCGUGAUAGCCAUUUGGGCCGUGCAGCAUCCAAUCCAAGACGUCAGGGCUCGGUAGUCCUGUCCCAGGGCAAUCGGUCUUCGGAAACGGCGUCUGUACACCCGGACCGCCAGUCAAAUAUUUUGAACUAUUCAACUUCCCCCUCUGAGCUUCCAUCUCUCACGUCAGAGAUUCUUUCUCGAGCGGGUGUUGACUCUGAUCUCAUUCACAAUGAGAUUGGCACACCGUCUGAAGCAAAUGGCUCAUCCAACCCAAGCCCCGAUUUACACGGCCUGACUCGCCGGUCCCAGCGGUCAAGCUCUAUUCCUCGACGAGUUGAUCGACCACCAACUGGAGCGUCGGAACAGAGGAGAUAUGACACAUCUCGCCUUACAACAUAUGAGAUCCGCGCCAAUGUUGCCGCCGAGCGGCUUAGGCGCCAGCGCCAGAUUGCCAAUGAGGUACACAACCGCUCCUUUGAAAGAGAACAGCGACAUCGUCAGCAACUUCUCGGUUUUGAGCAGACGCACUCUCCUCAUUGGAUCAGAAACAUUAUCAAUGAACUCCCCGAUCGAAGCGGGCAAAAUUCAGCCGAUGAACCGGAUUCCACUGCUGGUGUUGGCUGGGGCGCCGAUGGACGGACCUUGUACAUUGCGACAUUGGAAGGUAUCUACGAGUUUCAUCUCAACAUUCAUGACCGAAAAACUUUCCCUAGCUUCUCUUGCCGUUGA